AUGCCGGCCAUGAUCCUUGAGGAUCAUGAGCAAGGUGAAGUGGGAAGGUUAGCCUCGAGAGAUUUGGAUGGCAUCGCGCAGUACAUCGCAGACCACGCACGACAGGUGGUUGUGCUCUGUGGCGCUGGCAUCUCCACCAGUGCAGGAAUCCCGGAUUUCAGGUCACCUGGGACGGGCUUGUACCACAACCUGCAACGCUUUGCCUUACCUGAAGCCGAAGCGAUUUUCGAUUUGACCUACUUCCAGAAGCAUCCGGAUGCCUUCUAUGAACUCUGCCGGGAGAUGUGGCCUGGAAACUAUGCUCCAACGGCUUGUCAUUACUUCAUCCGCUUGCUGAGUGACAAAGGCAUCUUGCAGAGGUGCUACACCCAGAACAUCGAUUCUUUAGAGCAUGCUGCCGGCAUCCCCUUUGACCUCCUGGUGGCUGCCCAUGGCAACUUCGACGCGGCACACGUGGUGGAUGACAACGUGGGUCUGGCCUCCAGCUAUGACGUGGACAUCACGGAGUUGCAAGAUGCGUUACAUGAUCCUGGUGACGAGGGAUGGCAGGAACUGCGCGAAUAUCAUGGUGGGUUGGUGAAGCCUAAGAUCGUUUUCUUUGGCGAAGACCUUCCAGAACGCUUCUUUCAGCUGCAAAAGGCGGACCUGGCGAAGUGUGAUCUGCUGAUUGUCAUGGGUACCUCAUUGCAGGUGUCACCCUUCAACACACUGCUGAGCCUCACGCCGGAGCAUGUUCCAAGGCUGUUGAUCAAUCGAGAAGCAGUUGGCUCGUGCGAAGAGUUGGCAAAUGGUUUCAACUUCGACCAAUUCGACAGUGACUGCCAGGACGUGUUCUAUCAAGGCGAUUGCGAUGCAGGCAUUGAAUCCUUAGCAGAGAGGCUUGGGUGGCUGACGGAUCUGCGGAAGCUGGUGGCCAUGGGUCGCCAAGAAGCUGAAGAACUUCAGCAUUCCGAGAAAUUGCCGUGCCACUCUGCCUUCACAGAUGAAUGCCAUGAGACCUUUUGA